AUGGGUAUCUUGGACUUACAGGGUGAUUUGUUACUGCUAACAAAUGAUCAUACCGAUCCGAUCCGAGCAGGCGAUAUAACGGUAUUCAAAAUUGAUGGUCGUGAUAUACCCAUUGUACAUCGAGUUAUCAAAGUACACGAGAAAAGUAACGAGGAAACGAAGUUUUUGACAAAAGGUGACAACAAUCAAGUUGAUGAUCGAGGCCUUUAUGCACCGGGUCAGUAUUGGCUAACACGCAAAGAUGUUAUUGGUCGAGCGAAAGGUUUUGUGCCGUAUGUUGGCAUGGUUACCAUACUGAUGAAUGAUCAUCCCAAGUUGAAAUACGCUGUACUGAUCGCUUUAGGGGCAUUUGUCAUUUUGCAUAGGGAAUAA